UUUGGGACUCCUCAUGACUCCAUGUUGGACUUUUCACUUUAGAAAGUUCCUGCGAGAGUCAUCAGGACUCCUUACGAUUCCUGCUGGAGUUUUUCAUAAACUUGGGACUCCCGUUGAAGUUUUGCCGGGAGUCUCGACUAGGGUAAGACAGAUUUCAGUGAUAGGACAUAUCCGUGACCUUUCCGGGAUUUUCAGAUCUUGUUUUCUUUAUGAUCCAUUAAUAAUGUCAUAUUGCCAUCCGUACAACAUCUGGCCUCCAUCAACGUUAUUAAGAACGUGUUUCUAUUUGUCUGAAGACGUCAAAUUAUUGUUCAUGAAUUUUCUCGCAGAAAGAAGAGAAAGAAAGAAAAAAAAAGGCAGUCCUCUGUAUUAACGUGUCUCGCAUCAACUGACUGACUCCGUUCUUUGAUACUAGUAUUAUUGCUGUGCUUUUUAUUUUCGUCAUACCUCUCUAUUAUUCAUAUAAAAAUAACUUUUUAGGUUAGUACAUAAGACAUAAAGUUAUUUAACAAAAUGUUUUGUUAUUUAAAUUCAAAUUAGUUUUUCGAAGUCAGUACAGCAACUGCUAGUACACAUAGUUUUUCUACAACUAAGUGGUUGUGCAAGUUAUUCUACUGCUCUAUAUGUAAAAUGGCAGAUACAUAAGUCGAGCAUACUCUCUAAUUGUCCAUCUCUAGAUAGUUACUAUUUUGAACUAACCUGUUGUAUUUCUCAUUUAUGUUAGAUAUUCAAAACAUGACCUCUCGUAAGAAAGUACUUUUAAAAGUGAUUAUUUUGGGCGACAGUGGGUACGUAUUAUAUCCAACUUUUUCCAAAUUCAACCUUACGUAACUUCUCGUUCUUCGUUUCGUUUAGAGUUGGUAAAACAUCGCUCAUGAAUCAAUUUGUAAAUCGAAAAUUUACAAACCAAUAUAAAGCAACAAUUGGUGCCGACUUUUUAACAAAAGAAAUACAAAUUGAUGAUCGUUUAGUAACAAUGCAAAUAUGGGAUACUGCUGGUCAAGAACGUUUUCAAAGUUUAGGUGUUGCAUUUUACCGUGGCGCUGAUUGUUGUGUGUUAUGCUAUGAUGUGACAGCUCCAAAUAGUUUCAAGUCAUUGGAAAGCUGGCGAGAUGAAUUUCUUAUACAAUCCGGUCCUAGAGAUCCAGAAAACUUUCCGUUUGUCGUUAUUGGAAAUAAAAUUGACCUUGAAAAUCGAUCGAACAAUAUUCCAUAUUUUGAGACAAGUGCAAAAGAGGGCGUCAAUGUUGAAAAAUCAUUCGAAACAGUUGCCAGAAAUGCAUUGGCACGAGAAAAAGAACAGGAUUCAUACACAGAUUUUCCAACACCAAUUAGAAUCCCACAGGAAGAAGAACAGGCGAAAAAAACAGGUGGAUGUGCUUGUUAA